AUGCAACGAAAUGCAUCAAUAAUUUUCAAUAAAUGGACUUCAGUGUUAGUAUCGGCGGCUAUUGUCACCAAUCAUUGGUAUCGCAGACAACAAUUGAUUAGUAAAUCAAUACAAAUACAGUCCAACUCCUUGUGUCGUACAUUGAGACCAAUAUUACCGCUUAUGAGAAGCGCUCAGUUGGCUCAGUCAGACGACAAAGACUGGAUGAAAACAGUUUAUGAACGAUGUAUUAAUAGUAUCGUACAUCUGAUGGCCGAUGACCUGAUCAGCGAAGAUGAAUGCUUUUCAGGAACCGGUUGGAUAGUCGAUGCCAAUGAAGGACUUAUUAUAACCAACUAUCAUAUUGUUCGUGACUUUCAUUAUUAUUUGAUUCAAUUGGAGUAUUCAUAUAAAAUUCGGGAACUGUUAGCUGGUAUCGAUCGAAACGAUCCGGUCGACAACAGCCAACUAAUGUCCAGUUGGUGGGCUCAGGUAGUCUAUGUUGAACCGCAUCUUGAUCUGGCAAUGUUGAAGUUACCGGCGGUAAAGCCCGGAACCCUGGAUCAGCUCGCGAUUGCCCAAAAAGAUGUCACAUUUGGCGACGAAGUUAUGUUUAUAGGAGUUCCGAAAUCAAUAGAGAGAUCAGUUGGUAUUGGGACAGUUAUGUAUAUUUAUUUUAUCCAAUUGAACGACGCUUACUAUUCCUAUGGACAUUUCGAUUGGCCGGACAAUCAGUUAUUUAUGAAUAUAUCGACAUCCACUGCCACCGGUUCAUCGGGUAGUCCUGUAUUGAACAGUUCUGGUCAAGUCGUUGGGUCAUUAUUUUCAGGCGGUUUUAAUGAGUCGACUGUUACCAGAAAAGAUGAUCUCUUAGGAUUUGUGAAUAGAGCUAAAAACAAGGGAAACACCAUUUUUGAUCAAUUAGUUAAACAAAGACAACUGUUAUAUAGUGGUCAACCGUUUAUCGGUAUGAAACUUAUAUACAAAAACAAAUCAAUUAUUGUCAACAGAUUUAUGCCGUACACUGAUGUUGGGAUCGGAAAUGAACUAAAACUUAACGACAAAAUUGUUGAAAUUAAUGAAAACCCAGUGAAAAAUCUCAACGAUGUCAGGGAUGUAAUGAAUAGGUUAUCAAUUGGACAGUCGAUUGAAUUAAAGUUUAUGAGAGUAGUUGUUAUAAUAAUACCGACAAUACUACUGAUGAUGACAAUAAUCAGUGCUACAAACAACACGAUUGCCAAUAAUAAAAAUAAUAACCAGAAGAUAAUGUCGAGAAGUGUCGACUUAUUCAAGAAAACCCGACCCGACUUUGAGUCUGACUUUGAGGGCGGCGGUAGUGGUUCGGCGUCCGACAAACCAUCGGAUAAUUCAAUCAAAACACGAUUUCGUAAUUCGUUUUUCUUUUCCCGAACAGCUUUUGCCAUCUUUGCCGUACUGACGGCCGUACUAGUCUUUGCGGUGGUCGCGGUUGGCGUACGGGCCGUCGGUCUAGCAUUUUAUACCAACUUUUGUCGAUUGGAAACACCGCCGAUACUAGCCGUCAACAACAAUAACAGUCAACGUAGUAGCCAACGGUCAAUCGAUACUACCGAUAAAACAGUUGAUCCCAAACAAGCAGUUGGUGCGAACAUAUCCGAGGAUACCGGCACUACUAGUAGUAGUAGUGUUGGCCAUAGUUUGCAAACUAUUGCCGCAACUGAUGUCAAUAAUAAUAAUAAUAAGUCAAACAACAAAUCCUUAGUAUUGUAG